AUGCUUAGAGGCAUCUUCCACAUUUGCCUCUUGGCAUCAUUUCUUCUCCUAUCAUUCUCCUCCGCCGUAUCCGACGGUGGCUUCACUGCCGGAGCCAGUGCUCCCUCUCCGUGGGACCACAAUGUUGCCCGACCACCCGAAACCGCAUCUUCCCCAUCCGCGACCACGAGUCCUCCUACCGCCUCACCACCAUCUCCCGGCCCGGCGGUUGCACCAUCUCCAAUCAACAACGGCUCUGUCUCCGGCGACAUGACAUGGUGGUGCAACAAGACUCCACACUCCGAGACAUGCAAUUACUACUUCCGACAGAGCCCGCACAACAAAUUUAACAGACCACCAAGGUUCCGGUCCGACUUCUUACGCAUGCUGGUAAAGAUAGCACUUGACCAAGCCGUAAUCACACAUGCUCAAACCGUAAAGUUCGGUCCAAGCUGCACCAACAACCAAAGGAAAGCCGCUUGGUCAGACUGCGUAAAACUCUUUGAAAACACGGUGGCUCAGUUGAACCGGACGCUCAAGGGACUUAACCCCGCGGCUUCGGAUGAUGUCAAGUGUACGGACUUCGACGCACAAACGUGGCUCAGCACGGCUCAGACCAACAUCGAAACGUGCAGGUCCGGCUCAGAGGAUCUUAACGUCUCGGACUUCGUCUUGCCGGCGAUCUCCAACAAGAACUUGUCGGAUUUGAUUGGAAACUGCUUGGCCGUCAAUGGAGUUCUCAUGAAGCAACAUAAUCAUAGUACUGCUAACCACAAAGAAUACUUCCCAAGCUGGGUCUCAAGACACGAGAGACGAUUACUCAUAUCGGCCUCUUUAGCGAAAUCAAGAGCCCACCUAGUGGUGGCACAGGACAGGUACUCCGGCCAUUUCCGGUCGAUCCAAGCCGCAAUAAACUUCGCUGCAAGACGGAGAAUCAAGUCAAGAUUUGUUAUAUAUGUGAAGAAAGGUGUUUACAGAGAGAAUAUUGAUGUCGGAAACGAUAACCACAACAUUAUGCUCGUUGGUGAUGGCGAAAGAAAAACAAUCAUCACCAGUGGCCGAAGCGUCCAGAAUGGCUACACCACCUAUAACUCUGCAACCGGCGGCUUUGGAGGACAACGGUUUGUAGCAAAGGACAUGACAUUCAUCAACACGGCAGGGCCAUUACGCGGCCAAGCAGUGGCGGUUCGAUCAUCCUCUGACCUCUCUGUUUUCUACCGUGUUGGUAUCCAUGGAUUCCAAGACACGCUCUACAUUCAUUCACAACGUCAGUUCUUUAGAGAAUGUUACAUAUCAGGCACCAUAGACUUCAUCUUCGGAAAUGCAGCUGUCGUGUUUCAGAACUGCAUGAUUCUUGUCCGAAAACCUCUCCGUGGCCAAGCCAACGUUAUAACCGCACAAGGUCGUGGUGACCCUUUUCAGAACACAGGCAUAACCAUCCAUAGCUCCAGGAUUAUCGCCGCUUAUGAUUUGAAGCCUGUGAUUCGAGCUUACAAGACCUAUUUAGGUCGACCGUGGCAAGCGUAUUCGCGUGUCACGAUCAUGAAGACCUACAUAGACAAUUCAAUCAGCCCUUUGGGAUGGUCUCCUUGGUUAAGAGGAUCCAAUUUCGCUCUCAAUACAGUUUUCUAUGGAGAGUAUAAAAAUUUUGGACCGGGAUCUUCCACGAGGUGGCGGGUCCGAUGGAAAGGAUUCCACGCAAUAACCAGUGCCACGGUUGCUUCCCGGUUUACUGUGGGAAGCCUUAUCGCCGGCAGUUCAUGGUUGCCUUCCACUGGCGUGCCGUUCAAGACAGGGUUGUGA